AUGAUGUCCACCGGGGAGAGUGAUGACAUUGUAUCUAUAGAACCACAAGAAGCUUCCUCACCAGAGGAAGACCUUGUUGGUGGCGAAAUCAUAAAUGAGGAAUUGGCUCUUGCAGAUUUAGAGGAUGCUGUUGCUAAGCAGGUACGAACCAGAAGCAGUACUAGUUUGGCUUUUCACCCAAAGAAAGCAAGCUGCCCUUCGGGACAGACAUUGGGUAUUGAUGAUGGUGGGAAUGAAUCAUCUUCUGGAUAUGCAUGCGAUGGAGGCACCACACAGGAUCCUCCUCUGGAUCGUGGAAUCAUGCCACUGCCAGAAAUGCAACGAAAUAUGGUCGCAACAGAGGAAUUGACACCGGGUGCAUACCUGUUUGAAGGCGGAGAAUUCAGGACAGCAGCGGAAGCAAAUGCUAAUGGCUCGGAUGACUUUGAUUGGGAGGGAUACCGUAACCAGCAACGAACUAGCCAGCAACAGACUCAUGUCUCUGAACAAACAGGAACUAGCAGACCUGUUCUGGCUGUUGCCAACACUGUGGAAGAAGUUGACCCCCUCAGUCUACCUCAGGCCAUGCCAUCAAAAGCAAACAGUGGCAAUGUCACACGAGGCCAGAAGGAUAAUGGUUGGGUUGCUAUUUGCACUUGUGCUGGGCUUGCUUUAAUGGGACUGUUUGUGCUUUUGAUUGUAUUCCUUGUUUCAGGCACCGUUCAAGCAACCAACUACCCAGCAGCAGCUUCGUCCAUGGCCCCGACCUCACCAAUCUCACUGGAAUCAUAUCUUUCAUCCUUGUUGCCAGAUCACACUAUCAAAUCCAUGGAAGACAAAGACUCAGCACAAUACCAGGCAUUUGAAUGGCUUCUUGGAGAUCCCUAUGUCCAUGGAUAUGCUGAGGCAAGGUUUCUUCAGAGACAUGCACUAAUGAGUCUCUUUUAUGCCACUGCUGGUCCCACUCAGUGGACCAACAAGACAGGUUGGGGAAGCUACAGCCUACAUGAAUGUGACUGGUACCAGAAUCAAGAGUUUGCUUCAAAGACAACCAUGCAGAAUUAUUACCCUGGUUACCUACAAGGCUUUCUGGAGCCACUACCUGACAGUAGAUGUGAUAAUCAGGGAAUCUACAGGCAUCUUUGGUUGGAUCAGAACAAUCUCAUGGGUUCUAUUGUUGAAGAACUUUUUAGCUUGACCUCCCUCAAAACAUUAUCGGCUGGCCUCAAUCCAAUGUAUGGCACAAUUUCCAGCUAUAUUGGGCAGAUGAGUGACUUGGAGGGGCUUGCCAUUGCAUCUGCAGGGCUGUCUGGAUCGCUGCCAAGUGAAAUGGGUUAUUUGUCAUCAGUGAAGGUCAAUGUCUUGUAUGACAACCAGCUGGAAGGUAUGGUCCCAGAAGAGAUCUGGUACCUUACCAACAUGGAAUACCUUGUGCUUGGUCGCAACAAGCUACAAGGUUCCAUUCCUUCGAAGGUUGGAAUGUUUGCAAAGCUGAGGUGGCUAUUGUUUGAAGACUGCGAUCUUUCUGGGCCCCUUCCCACAGAGCUGGGGCAAGCUACAUCCCUGGAAUGGUUGGUCUUGGUGGCUGGAAACCUCUCUGGUACGCUCCCAACUGAGCUUGGAUCCCUCCCCAGGCUUUGGAUGCUUUCCUUGUAUGGUAAUCAGCUUGAGGGGGCUCUUCCUACAGAGCUUGGUGUUCUCCCUUCACUGGACAUUUUGGAUCUGCAUUUGAAUUCUUUUUCAGGAACUAUUCCAUCUGAGCUUGGUUGGCUUCAACACUUUCUAACUGUAUCACUGGAUGCAAAUAACCUUUCUGGCGCCAUUCCCACGGAGCUUGCCAACCUUUCAGACUUGUAUGAGUUACCCCUGGGAGAUAAUCUCUUCACUGGUUUUAUCCCGUCUGAAUUUGGGAUGAUGCCGUCACUGGAAUUUCUCUCUGUGGCAAACAAUUCUCUCAGUGGGACUAUACCACAGGAUCUGGCUUCCCUACAACGUUCGCUGCACAGUUUCUAUCUUCAAGGCAACUCACUCCUUUCUGGUGUAAUACCAGACUUGCUUUGUGCCAUCAACAAAACUUGCGUAUUGGAUUUGUUCGAAGAAUGUGUGGGGCCUUACGGGCUAAUUUUUGACUGCACUGAUAUGUUGUGUGGUUGUGACUGCCCUUGCUGA